CAAUAUUGACGGUUACAUACGUCCACAUGAAUGAAUUGUUUUGACUUAUAUCUCUCGAUCGGUGCCUCUAAUUUUCAUAUUAUCUAGAAAGUGUUUUGUGAUAACGCGCGACCAUAUAUCGAGGAAAAAGCCAAAAUCUCUUUAAUUUUACAGCUUAAAUGUUAUCAAAGCGCCAAUUUGCAAGGGACAAAUUUGCAAGUGUUUCGUGAUAAACUCCAAAGUCAACCAUGCCGAAGAAGGAGAGUCACACCCGGCCGGAGCUCUUCCACCACUCAUCUUAAUCUUUUUCAAACAAUGCUUCUCCUAAGUGCACUAUAAAAACAACGGAAGAUGUAAUUAAAGGGAAACAACAAGCAAAAAAGCAAGGAAGAGAGGAGAGAAAGAAAGAAAAAUGAUGAUGAUGAUGAAGAGGAAGCUAGUGGUUCUGGCCGCGACGUUACUAAUCAUGGCGGCGCGUCCCUCGGACGCGUUCCCGUCGACGGUUUACAUCGAGAACUGGAUGACGACCGACCGGGCGCUGUCGGCGCACUGUCGGUCAAGGGACAGCGACAUCGGGGAGCACAGCCUGCCCAUGGGCGCCCAUCUCGAGUGGAGUUUCGAGCUUGACAUGUUCGACCGGACGCUGUUCUGGUGCGACCUGGCGGCGGCCGGCGAGUGGCUUCGUUUCGACGCGUACAAAGGGAAGGACAGCCACAAGCUGGGUUCUUUUGCUCAUUACGUUGUCAAGGACGACGGGGUUUACUUGCUGGAUGGGGAGAACGAGCAACUGAAGGGGCAGUGGAACCGCUGAUUACUGAGAGUAUACUCUGGCUAUGCCACUGGCCGUCGUGUCAUGAACCAGUUGAUCCCAAUAACUCGAGUUGUUGGGAGAGGUUCAAUCGUGGAUCAUAUACUACAACACUAACACGCCCCCUCAAACGAAAGCCACUCACAAGGGCUUGAAGUUUGCACAGGUCCGAAGACAAGAAUACCAUGUGCUUAACAAAUAGGGGUCACCGGGAAUCGAACACAAGACCUCUCGGUCACAGAAGGCUCUGAUACCAUGUCAUGAACCAGUUGAUCCCAAUAACUCGAGUUGUUGGGAGAGGUUCAAUCGUGGAUCAUAUACUACAACACUAACACGUCGGACCCAUGUUGAAUAAAAUCCUGGCUAUGUUACUAGUCGUCGGUCGAUAUUGUGCCGUAUACUUUACGCUUUACUGGCAUGUUUUUCUACUUGGAUCUUGUUUUGUAUCCAGUAGUGCGAUGCGUUGUUCUGAAUUGAUCACAUCUUUCUGUUUAUGCGAGAAAUUUUACAAUGUUAUAUAGCAUUGGUGCUAUAAGAUUUUGCCUUAUGGUACAACUUAAAAUUGUACAUUUACGUUAUGGUACAACUUCAGAUUGUACCUAUACUUUUUGUACAAAUUCUUUUAUGGUACAAUUUGAACUUGUACUUUUAUGUGAUGUUACAACUUCAAGUUGUAAAGUUGUACCAUAACAUAGUGGUACAAAUUGCUUUAUGAUACGUACAAACUAAACUUAUACAUUUAAUGUUAUGGUACAACUUUAAGUUGUACAUUAAAGCAUCAAUACUAUAUAGCAUAGUAGAAGUGCUCAUGUUUAUGCUGUGUUUUCAUAGUUUGUAGAUGUGUUUUUGUUUGAAAGUGGGGAAGACACUAAAUUAGAAAUUAGUAAACUCAAAACAAAUAAUAAUAUUAAUGAGAGACACAGUUUGUUUUUUUUUUUAACUAGUGAACAUAUGUGGUGAUGGGUUUGAGUAUGAUAAAUUGCGUACAUAUAUUUUUAUUUCCUAAUCCCGAUUCAAUCCCGGGACCUACCCUCAUACACGAGAAAAGUUUUAUUUUGUCGAGACGAGUCACAACACAUAAUUCACAUAUUGUGAAGUUCAUUCACGUCAUCACGUAAUUCGAUGUUUAUUCAUGUAGGAACUAUGAUUAUUCAUGUAAAUUGAACCACAAAGUGUAUUGGUCAGAUUUUAUGAAUUUUCUCUCUUAAUUUCUUCCUACUUAUUAAACUCCAAGUUAGACG